GGAAAAAAAACAGCCGGAGCCAGCCACCGCAACAUCUCCGCGGAUCAAAUCAUCGAAACCUAAUCUUCCAAACCUCGAACAACCGCACCACCUUCCCGCCUGAGCCACCCCUACAUAUACGCUCGUCUCGCCGUCGCAACCUCGUCACCUAGGCAAACUCCAGCCUGCAACCAAAGCAUCGGAGAGCAAUGGCGACGACGACGAGAGGGCCGGUGACAAUGAGGCUCUGCUUCUUCUCUGCCGCUGCUCUUUUCCUUCUCUGCUUCCUCGUCCCGGCCGCCGUCGCCGAGGAGCGCUUCUACGAGUUCGUGGUCCAGGAGACGCUAGUGAAGAGGCUGUGCAAUACGCAGAAGAUCAUCACGGUGAACGGGCAGUUCCCCGGGCCGACGAUCGAGGUGUACGACGGCGACACGGUGGCGAUCAGGGCCGUGAACAUGGCGAGGUACAACGUGACGCUGCACUGGCACGGCCUCCGCCAGCUGCGGAACGGGUGGGCGGACGGCCCGGAGUUCGUGACGCAGUGCCCCAUCCGCCCAGGCGGCAGCUACACCUACCGCUUCGCCAUCCAGGGGCAGGAGGGCACCCUGUGGUGGCACGCGCACAGCUCGUGGCUCCGCGCCACCGUCCACGGCGCCCUCCUCAUCCGCCCUCGCCCCGGCGUCCCCUACCCUUUCCCCAAGCCCCACUCCGAGUUCCCCAUCAUACUAGCGGAGUGGUGGAGGAGGGACCCGAUCGCGGUGCUGAGGCAGUCCAUGAUCACCGGCGCGCCGCCGAACGUGUCCGACGCGAUCCUCAUCAAUGGCCAGCCGGGGGAUUUCCUUGAGUGCUCCGCCCAAGAGACGAGCAUCAUCCCGGUGGCCGCCGGCGAGACGACCCUGCUGCGCAUCAUCAACGCGGCCAUGAACACCGAGCUCUUCGUCUCCCUCGCCGGCCACAAGAUGACCGUGGUCGCCGCCGACGCCAUGUACACCAAGCCGUUCGAGACCACCGUCGUCCUCCUCGGCCCCGGCCAGACCACCGACGUCCUCGUCACCGCCCACGCCGCCCCGGGGCGCUACUACCUCGCCGCCCGCGCCUACGCCUCCGCACAGGGCGUCCCCUUCGACAACACCACCGCCACCGCCAUCUUCCAGUACAAGGGCGGCGCCGGCUGCCCCACUACAGCCGGCGGCGCAGGUGCCGCCGGCGCCGUUGCUGGCGCUGGCGUAGGCGCAGGAGCUGCCGGUGGCGCCGGCGCCGUCGCUGGCACUGGCGCUGGCGCUGGCACGUUCAACGGGUCGCUCGGCCGGUCGAAGUACUCCGGCGGCAACCCUGGGCGAGCCGGGCCGGCGCCAAUGCUGCCGUACCUGCCGGCGUACAACGACACGAACACGGCCACGGCGUUCUCGAACAGCAUCCGGAGCCCGGCGCCGGUGAAGGUGCCCGGGCCGGUGACCCAGGAGGUGUUCACCACGGUGGGGUUCGGCCUCUUCAACUGCAUGCCCGGCCCGUUCUGCCAGGGACCCAACAACACCCGGUUCGGCGCGAGCAUGAACAACGUGUCGUUCCAGCUCCCCAACACCGUCUCCCUCCUGCAGGCGCACUACCACCACAUCCCCGGCGUGUUCACCGACGACUUCCCGCCGAUGCCACCCGUGUUCUUCGACUUCACCUCCCAGAACGUCCCCCGCGCGCUGUGGCAGCCGGUGAAGGGCACCAAGCUGUACCGCGUCAGGUACGGCGCGGUGGUGCAGAUCGUCUUCCAGGACACCGGCAUCUUCGCCGCCGAGGAGCAUCCCAUGCACAUCCACGGCUACCACUUCUACGUGCUCGCCACGGGGUUCGGCAACUACGACCCGGUGAGGGACGCCCACAAGUUCAACCUCGUCGACCCGCCCAGCCGGAACACCAUCGGCGUGCCCGUCGGCGGGUGGGCCGUCGUGCGGUUCGUGGCGGACAACCCCGGGGUGUGGCUGGUGCACUGCCACAUCGACGCGCAUCUCACCGGCGGGCUGGGCAUGGCGCUGCUGGUGGAGGACGGCGAGGCGGAGCUGGAGGCCACCAUGGCGCCGCCGCUGGACCUGCCGUUGUGCGCCCUGUAGAGAAGAACUUUUCGUUUCUUUGGGUUUGUGUAGUUGUGUACGUACGUACGUGGUGGCGAUUUGAGGAGGGCUGUGUGCAUUGUACGUGUCGAUGGUACACCCUGUGUGUUUGCGUUUAGAAUUUGGCAUAUUGUAUUUUGGAUUUCGAUUUGAAUUUGCAAAGAGAACGGAGGGUUUCUACUAAUUAUGGGUCGCUUUUUUUU